GAGAGACACAGACGGAGAGAGAGACAGACACACACAGAGACAGACACACACAGAGACAGACACACACACAGACCUAAGGCUCUUGCUGUGUGUGUUCCAGGGCUAAGCAGGACUCUGCAGAGGGAGACCCCUCCACCUGUAAAAACAACAGCUACAAUAACCCCGCCUACUACAUCCUGGAAGGCGUUCCUAACCAAUCAGCUGCCACCCUGUCCUCGGAGCUCCUCCCCUCCCCCUGCUCCCCCCCAGCCGGUAAGGCACCCCUGUCUGGAGAGGGCAGGGGGAGGCACUCCUCAGGGUCCUCCCACCCCCGCAGGCACACGGCUGGACACCCUGUCCGGCCCAUCAGUGAGGAGGGGUCCUCGGAGGAUGAUGGGAUUGCAGUGGUGGGGGUGGUGUCAGGUGGAGGAGCGGGAGGCACACUGAACCGUCCUCCUCCUGACUUCCCCCCUCCCCCCCUCCCGAAAGGAGCACUGGAGAUGGCCAACACCCCCUUCUCUAAACCCCGCCCCCUGUACCCCGACCUGGCCGAGGUGAAGAUCCCCGCAGCCAAUCCCAGUCCUGCCUUCGUCCUGGGGGAGGACUUUAGGAGGGGAGGCCCCGGGGGGCUGGACGACCAAUCAUGUUCGGUGCUGCAGAUGGCGAAGACACUGAGUGAGAGCGAGUACCCCCCUCCUCCCCGUGCCCCCUCUGCACCCUCCCACCUCAGAGGCCAGGGGUUGGGGGACGCCUGUCGCACCUUCCCUCCCCGAGCCCCCAUCACUGAGAGCAUCGCUGAAGACCUACCAGAAGAAGCGCUGUGGGGAAGCAGUAGCUCGUCUCUCUCCGUGGGGGAGUCGUCUGUGGGCGAGUGGCUACAGAGACUAGGGCUGGACCGCUAUGAGGAAGGUCUGCUACACAACGGCUGGGACGACCUGGAAUUCCUCAGUGACAUCACAGAGGAGGACCUAGAGGAGGCAGGCAUUCUAGACCCCGCCCACAAGAGGAUUCUGCUGGAGAGCCUGAGACAGCAGAAGCAGCAGAAGUGAGCUGAACCGGUCCAUGCUGAGCUGAGACGUGCUAAUCCAUGCCAGACUGUGCCUUCUGAGAGAAAUUGCACUCCAUUAUACUUUCUGUUGACCAACAGAUUUUUCGAACGUCCUUUUUUAGAUGUAUUGUACUGUGUAAGUGUCUUUAUGUUAAUGUAACUGUGGCUGUUGUGUUAGCCAGCCUUAUUUAAACAGUAGAAACAUUUCAGUCCUUUGGACCUCUACCCUGCCACCUGCAUAACAGACCCCAUUCCUCUCACCCCACCCCUUUCCUCUCACCCCCCCCCUUUCCUCUCACCCCGCCCCUUUCCUCUCACCCCGCCCCUUCCCUCGUCCUGAGAAACCAUUCUGCUCCUGGGAUGUAGAAGACAUUGUGACAUCAUCAGGCUGCGACUUCUUCAGGCUUGCCUCAGCUAGAAAAACAGCUUGGUAGAACUGAGUUUAUUAUUGUUUUUAUUCCGCUCAUGAAUAUGAUUAUUAAUGACUAUCUGUUCAUUGGUUCAGUGUUUUUUUUUUUUGUGUGUGUUUUAUGUUUUUGAGAUAAAGGGAAUGUAGCGAACCACACCAACACUGAGACCUUCCUCUGUCAGUUUAACUGAACCUUUUGUUGAGCCGUGCUGGGCUCCAAGGCCCCUUUCAGUAGCACAGACUGCAGUACCCAUCAUGCAGUUGUCCAUGUACUAAUUAGUGUUUAAUUGAUGCUGAGCCAGCCUGAACACAGUGGGUCCCCAGGAUCCUUACUGAGAAACACUGCCACACAUCACACGCUGCUGGUUGUUCUUUUCACCACAUGGUGGUGCUGUUGUCCUGGCAACCUCAGUAGGACCACAGAUAAGAAACUGAAGACACACCAAGUGAUAUAAAGGACUGUUUUUAACAUUAUACAUUAACAUUCAUGAAGUUGUUUUAUAUAAAUGUAUAUGUUGACGUUAUUUUACUGUUGUAAAAAAAAAAAAAAUGACUGUUGCACAAUGAGAG